CUACAGGAAGUUGUGUGUGUUGACAGUGUGUGUGUUUAGACGGAGCUCUGUGAGAAUGAAGGCUGCAGAGUGUCCGUCACUGCGGGCGCUGAAACACAAAACCUUUCUGGGAAACGGAUUCCUGGAAGCUCUGUCAGUCCGAAGUGAACUGAGCUGUUUUCUGCGCCUCAGUUUACCGAUUAUAGAGCUCGCACUCCGCCUCACUCUCAGCACAACACCGGCAGCAAACACGGAGAGCUCUUAUUUCUCCUGGAUUCUAUCACUUUGAUUUAUUGUUACAAGAAACGUUUCCUUUGUCAUCUUUAUCCGUGACUUUUCGGCUGUGACCGGGUGGUCUGAUUGUUUACUGCGCUUGAUUUUUUUUUCGAACUGGUCACAGUCCUUCCUAUUUCCUAUGAUUUGAGGGCUGCUGACAAUUAGAAAUGGUUGCCCGGGCAGUGACCAUUUUCCAUCAUGAGGAGCAAGGAGGAGGUACAUGUUGCCCAAACCCUUCUCCUCCACUCAGGGACCCUGCAGAAGACCUGCAUAGCAUCACCACCAACUUCCACUAUCUACAGAUCUCAGGCUGGUACUGGGGUUCCAUCUCUGCAAGUGAAGCUCGGGAGGCACUCUUAAAGAAGCCUGAGGGCACAUUUCUGAUGCGGGAAAGCAGUCACCCUCAGUACAUGCUGGCCCUGUCUGUGCAGACCCGCUGUGGACCCACCAGUGUCCGCAUCGAGUACAGCAGGGGCGCCUUCUGGCUAGACUCCAUUUCCCCCAGCCUGCCUCAGCUCCAGUCCUUCCCAGAUGUUGUCAGCCUCAUACAACACUACAUGGGCUCAGGCCACACACCACAGGGUAAUUCUUCUAAUGACAUCCACUCUGAAACAAAGCCUGACCCCGACAAACACACCACUAAGGACGGUGGGGUGCCUCUGAAGCUGAAGCACCCUCUGCAUAGACCAGACUCCUUCCCCUCUCUGCAGCACCUGACACGCCUCGCCAUCCACAGACACACAACAGACUGCACUGACCUGUUGCCACUCCCAAAGCCUCUGUUACACUACCUGCAGAACUACCCGUUCCACAUAUGAGGGUCUGUGUUCCUCUAAGACAGAAUGCAGAGACCAGAACGUGGGUCAGGGUCACACUCCAGGAACACAUGCUGUAAAUCUGAGGCUUCUUGACACCACAAAGGGGAGAACAUUGAAAAGCUUUAAGGACAAUAAACCUUAGUGUGAGUAAGCUCAGUCUUACAGUCUACAGUGGCACUAUUGUUUUCCAGAGGAUUAUUUUUAUGGCUUUUUCACUUUACAUGCAUACAUUUUAUUUCUCUACAGUUUGUUUUUGCUCUCCUGUCACUUUGGAGAGAGUCGUAUAACUUUUUGCAUGUUUUAGGCCAGUUGUUUACCACAAAAGAGCCAAAACUUCUCAUUAAUUAACCACUUGAAAAGCAGCUGCUGUUUGUGUUGUUAUUCCAGGAAGAACAAUAUUGGAAAUGAUUUGGAUUCUUUAUUGCCUGAAGAGUUCUGUUUUUCCUUGCCUUGUUAAAUAAAGCUAUUUUUAUUCCCUCUAUAUCAAACUA